AUGAAUGAAACUGAAUUUGAUGUUUUACAUGACUUUAUUAAAGAUGACAUCUACAAGAAAGGAACAAGUUAUCGUGAAGCUAUAAGCACAAAAGAAAGACUGGCAGUGGCUCUCAGAUUUUUAGCCACAGGGAAUUCAUUUCGAUCAUUGGCAUUCAAUUAUAGAAUGGGAUUCACCACCGUGCGAGAAAUUGUAAAAGAUGUCUGCGAAGCAAUUUGGAACAAAUUGGGCCCAAUAUACAUGCCAGAACCCACCACCGCGAUGUGGAAAUAA